GGGGCCUCUUCGGGGCGCGUUUGGGGUCUUGAGAGAAAUUUCGGGGGAGGCGAGGACGAUUUCCCAACCAUGCCAUUGUUUUUUUUGUCCGUAACCAUCUUGGCUCAAGACAAAAGUUGGCGCGAAAGCCUCGACCCUUUGAGUUGUUUCUUCAACGCGGUAUACACGACACGAUGCUAUCCUCGCGCAUGUCGCCGUCUUUCGCUUGUGCGCUCCUCGUGCUGUUGCAGCAACAGGGGGCCACUGAGCGCGUCCCUUUGGCCUCAUUCGCAGAGACGGUCGACGACUACCGUAGCCGUUCCUUUCAAGUGGCGGCGCACAAAAGCACCGCCGAGGUAGACUUUGGCGAUGCCGAUGGGGAUAUCUACGAUAACCUCGCUGUGGGAUGCUACUGCAGGGUGGUUGAUGACAUCAGCCAGUGCGGGGACAACAAGUACCCGUCGAACCCAGAGAAGCCGAAUGGACCGCGUUUUUUCCAUCCGGACGCAGACAGAAAGAAUGGGAAGUCUGUGAAUCUGUGCUGCAAGCUCGAUUGGACAUCGUUUUUCAGCUGGGUGGGGUGGUCUUGGAGAAAGCAGGAAGAUCUCACACGCUGCAAGAGCGAAACACGCUCGGUCUCAUCUAGCUCUUGUUGCCAGCUAAAGGACGAGCACGGUGCAUUCGGCGUCCGCAUCAGCAAGGCCACCUCGAAGAGCGCAGUGAUGACGAAGAGUCGGCAUGGCUACCUCCUGCCCAACCCCGUGUUCCUGAAGACGCCUCCGGAGAUCGGGCUCGAGGACAUCACGGGGGGUCAGGACUACACCGGCAGCGACAUCGCGGCCGACGUCGUCCGGGAGUUUGUGGAGAUGCAGCUCAUUCAGGGGGGCCGCUUCAACGGCAAGCUCCAGUGUGGUGGUGCGCAGGGCUCGUUCGAGGAGCUCGCCGCGGGCACCGGCGCGUGCCAGCUGCGCCCGGGCCCCACGGAGCAGUGCUGCUGCCACUCGGCGGCCGUGGUGGAGGCCGAGCGCUGCCUGCCGGCGGAGGGCGCGGCGACCGCAGAGCAGGCGCGGAGGAAGACGUUGGAGUCGGUGCUCCUGACGAAGACCGAGCACGGCUACAAGGAGGGCAAGCUCGUGGAUGCUCCUGGCCCGGACGCGGAGGACGGCAUGCAGGAGUCCAUCAGCAGCAUGCGGGACCCUCUGGUGGAGAACAAUCCAAAGACGCGGGCAGACGAGUCCCAGAUGGCCUGGAAUUGGACCAAGGCUACCAGGCAGUGGACCAAGACAUGCCUGGAGCACUUGCAGGUGCCCCACGUGAAGACCACCAGGAGCAGUGACAGGGUGCGAGAUGGGCAAACGUGCAGGCAGAUCGGAAAAGUCAGGCACUGCAGCCCGAAGUACAAGACCGUUUACAAGACAAUCUAUCGCCAGGAAUACAGGACGGAGUGCGCGAGGUGGCAGUGGGAUCGGAAGUGCGCUGCGGGGAGCGGCCUGUACGUGAAGCAGAUCAGCCCGGGCGAGUGCGUGCCCGAACCAGAGCGCGCCGGCCCCUUUGCCCUCAACCUCACCGAGAUCGGGCCUCUACUGUACAUGUGCCCCGACGACUACGUGAGCGGCACCGGCGGCGCGGAGAAGUUCCACGCCAAGUGCCAGUGCCGCCCCCAGUGCGCGUGAGCGCUGACCGCCAGCCAGGACACCGCGAUCCCGUCACGGAUUCCGCCGCAGUUCCUAGACCAUCUAUAUAGACGUGCUCUGGAGGGCAGCCGCGUGGGAUGCACGAAGCACGGACUCCUUUUGUAGCAAGGGUUCUCCCUGAGAUCCAUCGGUGCGAAAAAACCAUGCCACUGUUCUUCUGUCAUGAUCCCCUGGAGGCCCGCUCGCGGGCAUUCUCGGGGACAGCAUGGGCCGUCUUCAAGGCAGCUCGGGCUAUUCGUCGGCCGUCUUGAACUAUCGUAGGGCCGAAAGGCGCGAACGAUCGCAUCACGCAACGAGAUAUCGUCUCCUCAUUCUGCGCUUCGACGGCGCACUGUGGUCUGGGAUUCGGAGUCGAAAGUUGUGGCUCGCACGAUUUCAUCUCAUUGCGAUUGCGCGCUCCGUGAUGCUCUCGUCGUGAUUCCACGCUCGCCUCGCCAUUUUGCUUGGUCUGGAGGUGAGGUGUCUGCUUCCGCUUAUCCCCUCUUCUUGCGUUGGGAAGGGAAACAUCAGCACACAACGAGCUACAGCUCGUGUUUCAAUUGUUGGCCUGUUGAGCUGGCCCCACGCUCAGUAAGACGGAUCAAUAUGCCCUCACGCAUCCAAGA